UCUGAUUCAGAAUGAUUAGAAGUUUGUCUAAUUAAGAAAAUUUCAGAAAAAUAAUGCAAUAUGUCCAGGAAUUCUUCAGAUCCAGUUCCUCAAACCAUAUCUCAGGCGAACUGUAGAAAACUGUUCCUCCAGAGAGACUACAGCGAGGGGUGUGGGGUUAAGUUUCAAUCUAGAUUCCCGGUCGAAUUGGAAGGUAAGAUUGACCGACAGCUGUUCGACUACACGAUCAACACCUUGAACAAUCUGUACGCAGAGGCAGAGAAAGCAAGCUGUUCAACGUAUUGUGAAGGAUGUAUGGCAUGUCUGACUGCUUACAUCAUAUACUUCUGCACUGAGACCCAUUACGAGAAGUGUUUGAAGAAGGUUUCGAGAUUUGUUCACGAGCAGAACGAGCAGGUGUGGACAAAGCGUGGACUAUUGAUCACAGAUCCUAUAGAACGAGGACUUCGAGUAGUGGAGUUAUCAAUUCUCACGGAGCAGGCACCCAUCCCACAAACAGGACCAGAUUGGCAGCAAUCCUGACUAACCGAGAAGAACAAGGUUGCUUAUCCCUAGAGAAGGUGAACCCUGUUCUCUAAACUUCUCUUCUCUCUUAACAAACAUGU